AACCUCUAUAAGGUCUCUUCACAACCUCCUAUGUUCCAGUGAAAAAAGUCGCAGCCUAUCCAUCCUAUUUUCAUAUCUCAAUUCCUGGCAAUACCUAGGUAAAUCUUUUUGAACCCUCUCCAGCUUAAUAAUAUCCUUCCAAUUGUCAGACAACCAGAACUGCGCAUGGUAAUACGUAAGAAGUCUCCCCAUGUCCUGUACAAUCUCAACAUGAUGUCCCAACUCCUUUAUUCAAAGGUGUGAGCUGUGAAGACAGCUGUGCUAAAUGCCUUAACCACCUUGUCUGCCUGUGAUGCCAAUUUUAAGGCAUUAUGUACCUGAACCCCUAGGUUUCUCUGUUCUACAACACUACCCAAGGCCCUACCAUUAAUUGUAUAUGUCCUGCCCUUGUUUGUUUUACCAAAAUGCAACAUGUUGCAUUUAUCCAAAUUAAAUUCCAUCUGCCACUUCUUGGCCCAUUGACCCAAUUGAUCAAUACCUCUUUGUAAUCUUAGAUAACCCUCAUUCCUGUCCAGUACAUACCUAUAGCUUUCUCUAUUCCAGUGGAAAUGUUUGCUGUAGCUGAGAAUUUAUGAUGGACUGGGGCCUUUUCAGGAGAGCCCAUGCUCGAUCAAUCGCAAAUAAAUGGAAAAAAGAGAGGUUGGAAGGUCGAAGCAAUGAAGAUGAAAAGGCAUUGCAAAUGCAAACUGUUCCAGUUCUAUCGCGUGAAGUGAGUGACCCAGACACACUUGAUUUGUUAGUUAUGACUACAGAACCAACUCUGUCAACUUCAUCCAGUACAAUAGCUGAAGCUGAUAAGGUAGCUAUAUUUUCUUGUAGUCCCUAUAUUGACUCUACAUCAGAAUCAAUUACACCAACUGUUCAAUCUUUACCGAAUAUGGCAGUGAAUCCCUUUGAGUUGUUGCAAAUAGACGAAGGCAGAUCUCCUCAAUCUGCACUAAUGGAGCCAUCUCUAUUGCCGUUUGAAAAUGUUGCAGCCGUUGAAACUGUUCCACUUACACCGAUGUUGACAUCAGUUGAAACUGGAACAACAGGUGGAGUUUUGCCAACAGUUGAAACUUCAGAGCUUGUGUCAGCACAGAUGGGCGAGGAACUGGAACCAGCAUCGAUAGAAAUUGUGCAUCCAGCUGCUCAAGAUAUUGAAACGCUGAAAUCUUUCCAGCUAAAACCUUCAACAUCAGUCUCUUCUACUCCAGCAAUGUCAGUUUUUGAUAAUAUUGCAACUGCUUCAGCUGUGGUAUCAACUAAUCGAACAUUAUCUCUCACCAAUGUGUUUCCUGCAACAUCUUCCAUAUUACUAGCAGCAACAACUGAAACUUUGACAAAACUGUCUGGCUUUGAAACACUGUUGACGAUGCCUUCUGUUGUCCUUGUACCAGUUAUGUCAACUCUACCAGUUGUGAAAAAUCAUGCAGCUAUGUCCACUGGGCCAGUAAUUGCUUCUGUAGAAACAGUUGUGCCUGCACUGCCUGACCCCUCAGAAGUACAAGGUGAACACUCAUACUACAAAAGUGACCUCACCAUACACCAGCUUGAAAUAAUUAUUGCAAACCUGCAAAAAAAAGUGAAAGUUAUACAGCAACGCGAGAGGAGGAAUUCAGCCCGGCUGAAAGCCAUGGAAAAUCUUGUGGACCAACUUAAAAACAGAAAUAUUCUUUCCAAGGAGAAGCUGAAAAUAAUGGAGAUGACUUGCUCACAGACAAACGAUCAAAUGAUUCAUCCCUCCAGUACUGUCACAGUUGUUUGUGAAGACAAUGGCAAUAUAAUUUAUGCACUUCAACAAUCACCAAAUGAUAAUGGUGACAUGCUUUGAUGGACAUGUUCAGCUUCAUGGAGCACAAGCAAGUCCACUGUUCCUGUAACUUACUGUAUGUUUGUGGAACAACUUUGUAAUUUUUCAUUUAAAUGAAAAUAUUAAA